GGCGCCUGCAGCAGCGACGGCGGCGACGGCGGCGCCUCAGUUCCGCGCUGACUCUAGACAGGGAAGCUUCGUUUUUCGGCGCUGCAGCGUCGCGAGAGCGAGUUCAGACUCGCCGGCGCGCUUGAAACGUGAGACCGCCCUCUCUCUUCUCUUAUUAUUGGCCCAGCGCCGUCGCCGUCGCCGCAGCUGGUGCGUGUGCCGCUAAUACUCGCGCGACCAAAUUCGUAUGCUUCGGGAGUCGAAGAGAGAACGUCGUUGUCUCUUCCUUUUACUUUCGCGAGACACCUAUGCGCGCUAUCGCGAUGUGAGUUUCUCAAGUUUGCGCAACAGGAGAGUUCUUUCGUUUUGUGUUUGGUUCCAUCAGUGUUUUCUAGUCUGUGUGAGUCUGUACAUACACGCUUACGUAGCGAGAAGGAAAGACGAGGAGAUAGCUUAGAGCAGCAGCUAUACAGAGGACAGAGCAUCGCUGAGGAAAGAUGCCGGGCGAAACACAAUUGAGGCACCUGCUGCUGCUCGGGAUGCUGCUGUGCUUUUCCGAGCUUACGGGCUCGGUGAGGGCACAGUGCGGUCCGGCCGCAGCAGACCAGAGUAGACUAGAGCGCCAGAACAAGCUGGCCAUGUAUAAGGUUACCCUGAAAACCUACUGGUCAAGAGCACGCUUCCCAAGGCACUACCCGGAGUGGAGACCACCAGCUCAGUUCGGCAAGCUAGUCGGCCGAACCCACGACCCCAGCUACGUGCUCUACCGGCUGGGCCAGAGGCUAUCGGCUGGUGCGCGGCAGUACGUGGAGACCGGGAGGACGGACGCGCUUGACACGGGCGCCGACUUCCCCAAUACGCUGCACGCGUUCACCGGGCCGGCCGUGCCCCAGGGCGAGGGCAGCAGCACGGCCAGAGCCUUUCUCGACGGCAACCACACGCUCGUCAGCGUCUUCGCCAGGAUCAACCCCAGCCCCGACUGGUUCGUCGGCGUCGACUCCUUCCAGCUUUGCGUCGAGGGCAACUGGGUGGACACCGUCACCGUCGAGCUGGAUCCGCUAGACGGCGGCACGGACAACGGCUUCACGUUCACGGCGGCAAAUUGGCCGACGCAGCCCCAAGGAAUCGCCUACAGGAUCACAUCGCGCUAUCCCGCCCAUCCCGCCGGGAGCUUCUACUACCCGAAUCUACCCCGUCUGCCGCCCAUCGCCACGCUCACCUUCACCAAGCUGCGGGAGUACACCCUGACGGAGACGUACCACGACGACGACGUGGAAAUGGAAUUCGUCAGCAGCGAGAAUCUACUGUCGAACGGCGUAGCUGGCUACCCGGCGCCGACCCCCCGAGGAAUCGAUCCGAACCGAGACCUGAGCGAGGCCAUAGCCGAGGAGCGCAGAGAGAUGGAUACCCAGAGAUACAGGUACUGGACGCCCAACAACGGCCGCGAACAGCAGCAACAGCAGCAGCUCACAGGACAGGCCAGUAAGGCCGCGAUAAUCGACAGCAUCGCCUCGUCCUACGCGAACAUCCAACGCGGCCGAGUAGCAGCGACACCUUCGACAACGACGACGACAACGACGACGAGGACGACAACCAGCGCACCUGAGCCUAAGCAGUCCUGGCAAUACUACCAGGCGGCGAGGACAAGUGCACAGGCGCAAAAGGCCCACAUUUACGAGGAUAUCCAAAGAAAGAUCGUCAACGCCACCGGCGGUAACGGCAAAGUCAUAGCCGCCUGGAGGAAUGUGACGAGCAACUCGAUCGACCACCAGCGCAGGUAUCGGAACAAGCACCAGAGGAUGUACGGCAAGGGAAAGCGACCAAGGACUCGACUGCCGAGGGACUGCGAGGUCGGCGAAUGGGGCGCCUGGAGCGCGUGCAGCCGUAGCUGUGGAGUCGGCGAGACGCAGAGGACGCGACGGAUGGUGGUAAAGCCGCGCCGAGGUGGCAAAGCAUGUCCGCCCCUGAAGGAGACCAAGUGGUGCGGCAGCAUCAGUCCGUGUCCUGAAAGCAGCGCCAAAUUCGACACCUCGGCUUCUUAUCACUGGUAGUCGAGAUAGACGAGGCCAAAGGCCGACGAGCACGCGUUAGCGUCUUCCAAACCAGAAGGUAUCUGAGAUGACGACGACGAUGAUGAUAAUGACCUCUCGAUCUAAUGGGGAGAGACUGUGGAACACGACGAUAUUGUACGUGUAUCAGCCAAAGGCACACGACGACUACACUGCCGCUACUGUAUUUCGCGCUGCGAUUUUUCACGAGAACGUAUACGGGAACAGCCCGGAAUUUCACGACUAAAUUAUUUUUCCGUCGAAAAUCGAGUAUCGUUCUCCCUCGAGCUUCCAUGAAUAUGCAUCGGGAAAUUUUAUUUCGAAUUUUAUUCCACCUGUACGCGUGCACGCGUACGCGCUUGUAAAUGUGAAACGAGAUCGAUGAAAAAUUUAAUCUAUUUGCAUUGUAUUACUUUUUUUUAAAGCGAUAUACUUGUUAUUUAUUCGACGGAAAACUCGACCGAAUGCAUUGCGUCGUAUCCAGAUGUGUACACUCUGAAUCUGUCAAAUAGCAUCGGAAAAGGCACAAAUAUUUACUGCCUGAGCUUUCGUAGAAAGGGUCUCGGCGAGAAGUACACAGCGGCCCUUUUUCUGCGCGAGAGGGAGGAAAAGUAUAUGUAUAUAGGAGACGGAGGAGCGACUAGUCAUAGAGUGCGAUUCGGGGCUUGAGAAUGAAGAGGAGAUAAGCAGCUUUCGUUCGAAUUGAAAUGGAUCUCUCGUGUCUUCCUUUUUCCUUCUCGUAUAUUUUUAACGUUUAGUGCCAUCGCCGUUUACUUCGACUCUCGCGCGUAUAUUCUCUUCGAAAGACUGACGUUCGUUUACUUUUGACAUUGUAUAUACUUUACCUUGUACAAUAACAAAUUUUAGGAUGUAAAUAAAGGAAGAAAAAAAUGACGUACUGGACGACGUAUUUAUUUCUAACGUAUUAAAAGAUUCUUAUUAAAAGCGCCAAUCGCAAGCACAAAAUCAUAAAAUCCAUUUCAAAACAGACGCGAGAGCUGCCCAUCUCUCGUUCGCAAGUCGACGAAGCUCACCGGAGUAGAAUCACGAGCUUCGGAACGCGCGUGUCCCUUCGCGACGCAAUUAUCGAACCUUGUCACGUUCUGGAGAUCCAUCGGAGCAUUGACGAUACGUCAGACCGAAGAAGAGACGUUCAUUUUGCGAGGUAUCGACUGAUAUGGCGCGUGAAAGAAAAUAAAACAAACUUCACUGGCUGACGGAAACGCGACUGUUUCUACUUAAGGCGAGGCGAACGAAACGUGAUGAUAAAUUGAUCGAGACUAGAUGAUUUUGUACUUUGGGCUCGAGAGUAAAAUUUAUUUCUUCUCUGCAAGCCGCGUUCACAAUGUGUUGACGUAUUUUCGAGAGGCUAACUUUUUACACGCGACUCGCGAUGACAUUGCAUUUAUUUGUAAAAUGAUGCGUUGAAAAAUAUUGAUAAAACGAAACAUCUAGAAUUUUCUAUACCGUUAGAAAAAAAAAUGUUGACAUAUCACUGUAGCUGAAUUUGAUUGUCAAUUUUUGACGUGCAUUUCACCGAUGUAUUUGCCGUCACAACAAAGUACACAAAAAAACUGCCGUAUAUAAUUGAAAAUUUCGAGACUCUUUGACAUAUCAAAGUUGAUUCUAUAAAUAAAAUUCCAACAUUCCUGGAAUAAUACUUUGAAAAAAAAUCGCACACCCAGAUAUUCAAUACUCGGACCAAUGUGAAAGCGACCUGAACAAUCGUUCGUCCUUUUUUUUCUUUUCCUCUCUGGCUCGGAAUCUAUUCGAUCUGGCGAUUCAUCGGCGCGCUUUUCGCCUCCUCGGUUAGCUCGCUCCCCGUCUCCUCGUUCGUAUCACGUGCGCGCACCCAGGGGAGUGAAUGCGCGGCAAACGAAGGGCUUUUUGCACCACUCGUUUUGCAUACACACCGCAGCUCCCGCUCAUACCCGCGCGUAUACGGUGCUGCGAACUUUUUUUCCCGUCGUCUUUUUUUUCAACGGAGAGACCGACUAUAUACUGCUCUCGGAUGCGCGUGCUCUCUUUCUCUCUCGAUGUCACAAAAAAUUUCCUCUCGCCUUUGCUACAAUGAUCACGUUCCAUCGCGCGUCCGAAAUUUUUAGCGACAUCGUCGGGCGUGAUUAAGGUCGGACUUUUCAAUCCUGUUGUUCGACGUUGCGCGCCAGGAUUUAUUAUAUACUUUUGGCGAGAGAAGUUCGAGCGUUACGCUUGUCUAGAAUAUAAUAGUAUAAUGCGAAAAUCGGUUUAUAUACUUGUAAAUUAAUCAUGCCGUGCUUCGGCUCUUUAAUUCUAUCGGAGAGUUUGGUAUUGCUUGCGAGCGUUUUAUCGAAAUGAGCUUUCUAGGUAUAACGCUCGAAUGGACAUAAAAUUUGAUAUCUCAUAUUUUGCAUAAUUUUUACAAAAUUGCGGAAAUGCCUGUACGCAAGAACUCAAAUCAACUUUAAUGAUAAUCUAAUGAACGUCAUAUAUAAAAUAUACAAUAUCAUAUAUAAGUAUUACAUGUAUGGACGGGAAUUUUGUUUUCGAGUUCGUGUGUAUGUGUCUGCAAGACAAUGUUACGUGCAUUUUUCACAUAAAAAAGUUCUGGGAAGGUAUUUUUUGAUUUUGAACUAAUUAUAAAAAGAAACUAAACAGCCUGCGUCUUACAUAGCACUAAAGUUUAUUUAUUUUUAUGCCAAGUAACCAUUGUUAUCGCAUUAUAAUCUUUUUUUAAAAAGGGAGUUAGUUGCAUGCCACUCCUUAAAUUAAUACAAGUACGUGUUCUGUUGGAUCUACAACGUAUUUUCUGAACGAAAUGAACGCACUGUCAAUUGCUAGUAACGUCGAUUAACCAUAUAUGUUCAAUUGAGUAUUGAAAAAUAUUUUUAUUACACGCACCAUGUUUUGAAUUUAAAAAUACAAAUUUUAACAUAGAUAAAAUAGUUUAAAUAAUGUUUAGUUAUCGUUACCAAAGAUCUACUUUUAAGUGUAAAAAAAUUAAUUGCUCAUGAGUAGAAUAUUUUCAACCUCUAUUCACAUUGAAUCUAUAUUAACUUAUACAUAAACUGUGCACAAUUAAGUGUAUUUGACAAAGCACAGAUAAUAAGUUUUAAUGCAAAUAAAAAAAAUUAAAUGUUACUUUUUAAUUUUUUUUUCUAAAUUUCGACAAAAACGGAAAUGUAAAAACUUGUACAUUUUUUACAAAAAAAAAAGAAAUAAAUUCUUUAAAUGUUAGAUCUUUAGUACUUCGAACGUCUCUCACGAUAAUAAUGAGAUCUAUAUGAAUGAAGAACAACACUUCAGAUCUUUAUCCAACUUGACUUUUCGAACGAUGAUCGGCUUUGCAUAGAGGCUAAAAAACGAGCCCCCGAGCAUUUACAACUGGACAAUCCAAUUAUAAGAGAAUGUUUUUCGACGUGUAAACUUACGGUAAGCGUUGUUCUAUGUAAGUGUAAAAGUUACAAUCGUAAAGCGAUUUAAUGUCAAUAAGAAACCCACGUCGUGUGCAUGGCAUUAAAAAUCGAUAAAGUGGAUGAGAGGAAACAAACCUUUUUAGGAAUCCAAGGUGUAUUUCCUUCGCGAACUGCUUGGAAGUUUUUACAAAGACAAAAUUACAAAAAAAAAUGAAUGAAAAUCAAUUAAACGGAUGAUAUAUAUCAAGAUACGUCUUAGCUGAGUGUAUCAUAUUUAAGAAAAUAUUUUAACAAUAAAUGAUAAUUCAUUCACUAAUGCUUAUCUGUCAUUUCUUACUCGAUGAACAUCGUAUAAUCAACAGCUAAAUAAAGAAAAUAGAAAGGGCGCAGCGGCUUAGCUUCACUACCUUUGUUUAUUUUCAUUUAAAAAAAGAAAAAAUAUUUCUAAAAACUCUAAAAAAACUAAUAUUUUUUGAAUUUAAAAAAAAAGAAUAAAAAAAUGUUUGACCCUGUACUGCACAAGCGUGUGAAGCUAUUUGUAGGUACUUAUUAUAAUGUCAACAAAAUAGACUUGCGCUUUACAGUAUUGGGUCAAAAAGAGAAGAACAAGCCGUUGAAACCUUGACAAUGCUAGACAUUAAGAUUUUGUAAAUUAGAUGCUCGAAUUAACAAUCUAUCAGCUUAUUCUUUUGAACAAGAAAUCAAUGAACAAAUAACAGUACAUAUAUAUCAAACCCGAUUAAAGCGAACAAAUGAACGUGAGAAGAUGCUAAAACGAAUGUUUAAAAAGUUACAUAUUUGGGGAAUAAUGUUGAGCAUAUAAAGGAAAAACCUUGACGUGUUGCCGUAUUGACGUAAUUGCGUUGUAUUGUACGAUAGAAUAUAGUCCUUUGACUGAUAAUGAACACAGAGAAUAAUGAAAAGAAAGGACUAUAGACGGCAAUGACUAUGAUGAAGCAUGUACAAGAGACCGUGCAUUUUAGCUUUUAAGAUUUUAGCUAAUAGGUAUAGAAGUAAGCAGCAACGUGUAGUGGUGUAUAACACAUAAGUUUAUAUUACAUAAUAAAAUCUGUCAAAAAAAUU